CCAUUGACAGCUGCAAAUGUUGAAGCUGAGAUGGCCGCACAUGUAUCUGGUAUUACACCACAGCUGCAGAACGUAGUGGCUACUGUGAAUCUGGGCACAAAGCUAGACUUGAAGGAGAUUGCUAUGCACGCGCGCAACGCUGAGUAUAAUCCCAAGCGUUUCGCCGCCGUCAUUAUGCGUAUUAGAGAGCCAAAGACGACCGCACUAAUUUUUGCGUCCGGGAAGAUGGUCUGUACUGGAGCGAAGAGCGAGGACGACUCGAGGACAGCGGCCAGACGUUACGCCAAGAUCGUGCAAAAGCUGGGCUUCCCGGCCACGUUCAAGGAGUUCAAAAUCCAAAAUAUUGUGGGGUCGUGUGACGUCAAGUUCCCUAUUCGCUUGGAAGGCCUUGCGUAUGCGCACAGCCUUUUCGCAAGCUACGAGCCGGAGCUCUUUCCGGGGCUUAUCUAUCGGAUGAAGCAGCCCAAGAUCGUGCUGCUCAUCUUUGUGUCGGGCAAGGUGGUCCUGACGGGCGCUAAGACGCGCUACGAGAUCUACCAGGCCUACAUGAAUAUCUACCCCACACUGAUUCAGUACAAGAAAGGAGACGCAGCCUUGCCGGCGCUGCCGGCUGCGAAUCUAAUGCCGCCGCCGCGUGCACUACCACCUGCCCGGCAGGCCGGGCAGCCAGAUGGAUCGGCGGAGCAUAUGGAAAAUUCCGCAGCCAGUCCAGCACCCCGGGUCGGCGGCAGCGGCGGCGGCAAUGAUGAUGCCGCCGCCGCCGACCCCUUCAGCAGCACCGACGCCGUCCAUGACGUUACAGGACCUUCAUGCCAUGAACCUGCCACCGCCGACACCGCUGCACCCCAACCUGCCGCCGCCCACGCCCCGGCACCCUGGUCUUGCGCCGACACCCAGUUUGGGACACCAUGUGUUACCGCCGCCCUCUCCGCGGCGAUAAGUUUAGAAGUGUGCACUGGGCGCGGCAGGUGGGGGCUGCUACGAUCAGUUCGGGUCAAGCGCCAGCGCGGCAGCUUCAUUAGUCCUGGCAAGCAACUUGGUGGGUGACUUGGCCGUCCUGAUCAGUGCAGCUGGAGCUGCGCGGGUCUCUCUUUGGCCACAUUGCUAGGGCUUUUUAUCCGUUGUUGUGCGCGUUUUUAGUCACGAAAGGAAUUGACAGGGAGCUUUUGGAAGCGUGCGGCAGGUGCAUGUCCUUGUAGAUUAUAGGGCCACAGGGUAGCUAGGCAAAAGAUCUGUUUCCUUCCCAACUCCGCCUCAAAAUGGGCCUUGGUAUGAGCAAACGCGUUUGCUUUUGUUGAGUCCUUGUGCGCAAUUAGGGUUAAAGCAGUCACGCCUCUUGGUGAGCGCGUUCAGUCAGGGAUGUCUCGAAGUUAUACGGGUGUCGGCCUUUGUCGCUAGCAGGGUUGAGUGCUAGUGAAGGUGGCGGCUUGGUUUCUCGCUGGCUGCUGCGUGGCUAGGACUGACUGUGGGUAGGCAGGCUGCAGGCAUGUGCGCAGCCGGGUGCGCGUAAGCAGGUUGUCAUUUCGCUAGUCUCGUCCGCAGUGCGGGCCGUACCAGCUGCAUGUGUAGUCAGUUGGGCGCUGGACGAGUACUGGGCGCGAUUGCUUGGCGGAUGGUGUGGGGUCUACACCGCGAUGGUGCCAGUGGUGUGCCAUCCCAGCCCGUGCAAGAUUGCUGGGAUGUGCCAAGCUGCGCAUGCCCAUGCUUAGCCGGGUGGGUUAGUAAUGGGUUGGGUGGUGAUCCCUUCUUCUUUUUUGGUCGUUCAGGACCAGGCUGCCCUAUUUCUCCCUUUCUACUGCAGCCUGGAAGGAAUAUCUUUGGAUUCACGCAGUCUCGGCGUUGGUCCCUCCAGCUAAGGUGACGCGGGGUUUCUGGCGUUGCCUGCCGUAUUUGGCUACUCUUGCGUUUUGUCCCCGUUCUAAGACGUCAGAUGUACUCGGCGUUGCUUCUAAACUUGUAAGUUUGUGGGCUCUGGCUGAAGUCGUGAACGCGGUAAUUGCAAUACGUCAGACAUUUGCGGUGAUGCUGUGACGUACGGAUUAGUGCCACCCGAGCCGGGGGGGCUGUAAUUCAUUAUUUUAGG